GUGUUUAUUUCAUAGUUUCAUUGGCGUCAGGUUUGCUCCAUGCUGUUUGUCCGACUGAGUUCUUCUUUGCCUGCGGUACAACCGGACUUUAUGUUCUCUGCGCAGCACAUGUCGUUGUCCCCAAGAGGCUUCCCUCGCACAGUCUGGGUCUCUUCUUCGUCCCUCGAAGGCUUCGCUCGCGUUGUCCGGAUCUCUUCUCCAGUUCUUCCCAGCUGGCGUGGUUUGUCGCUUCCUCGCCAAAGGGAUCGCUUCGCUCGCCUCUUGAAUCUGUGAUGAUGGAGCCCUCAACCAAGGUUUAUGGUGGAUUUCGCGAUUGACGGGGAAAAGGGCAUCUCAACC